AUAAAGAUGGAAGAGAGCAGAGGAACCUCUCUCCUAUCAAAGAGGAAGCUGCAGAGCAGGGGGAAGACAAAGAAGUCUGUACUGUCAGCCCAUUUGGGACACGUAGACAGCCACCCAGAAGCCCAGAGGACAGACCCAUUAGGCCUGCUGUCAAAGAGAGAGAGAAAACAUUUCAGGAAUUUGUGGAGGAACAGCUGAAAGUUGAAGAAUAUGCACAGCAAAACAACAAGCAGGACAGCAGGGAGGCCAGGAGAGUCACAGAGAGAAGAUACUUCCUGAAGAAAGGGAAGGGCGUGUCCAGGAUAGAGAGGGGUAAGGACAGUGUGCAGCAGAAGACCAGGCGCAGGGCCUCCCUCUCACUCAGCCAGCAGCCCAGGAAGGUGAGUUGUGGCUGCCAGCAGAGACGCUCAUCAGCCCCCUCCCUGCAGCUCAGUGACAGGACCAGACUCAGGGUCAAGCCUUUACUGAUCUCCCAGAGGAGCUGCCCUGCUCUUUCUGAGUCCUGGGAAAAGACAACAGGACCUGCCACACGAGAGAGAGACAACAGAGUUAAUCAAACGGCCAGACAGGAGAGGACACCAAAGCCCACAGAAAAUACUCAAAGCAAGGCCACUGAAAACACUGCAUCUAGUGUUGAUACUAGAGACAGGAGAGAUCUGUUGGGCGUUACAACAUCCCAUAAACGGCUUGUGAGAUCGCCGAGUUUGACCUCCGUGGAGCUAAGUGAUGAGGUGGUGUCACAGAAUCAUGUGUAUGCUGCUAUGAGGGACCUUGUCCAUAAACAACUUGAGGUGAAGGAGCCACAUUUGGCAUUGCAGCCUUUUGACAGUACUGCACAACCAAACAACAUGGGCCAACCUAAGGUCAAAGCUCAGGCAGUAAAUGUUGGCUUCAAGACAGUCAACGACCACAUAGUUAGAGUCACUGACAAUGGGCUGGUCUCAUCAGAGACUGCGGAUGGGAAAAAUGUCACACACUCCAAUUUCACCAAUAUUUCAAAAUCUCAAAGCGGGUCUACAGCAGUGAUGUCUCUCCUAUCUCUGAGUAGUUCUAACAGUGACGAGGACAACCCUAACUCUCAGUGCCACCAGCAGCCCACCCUCCCGUCUCCCCCACGGCUCGGACACAAGGACCAGAACCUGGACCUGUCCGAUGGGGACUACGCCAGCGAUGCCCCCAGCGAGGCUGGGGAUAGCCUGCCCUCCAGACCUUUUCCCACCCACGGACCCACUCUCCAUCACCACCACCCAUCUAGCUCCUGCUCCAGCAGUGACAGUGAAACAGAGCUCCGGGACAUAAACAGGCACAAGACAGAACCACGUCCAUUAUACCCACAGUCUGCAAGGAAAACAAGCACAGAGAGAGCCCUGCCACUGGGGUGCAGCAGCAGCAGGGGGACAGACAUAAAGUCAAAACGUCCCUCCUCUGCAGAGCUCAAACCCAGCACGGUCCCUAAAGUAACAUCUAGAACUAAAGAGACCGCAAAGAGCAGACAUCACCAGGGGUUCAAGCUGGCAAAUCAGACCGUGUCAAAGCCACACAGCGGAAUAAAAGCAGAAGAGAAUCAUGAUUUGUUGGACAAGAUGAAAACGGAACAAGAGAGAGCAAUGGAACUUCUCAGAAAGAGAAUGGACCAAAUAGAGUGCUGUGACAGAGAUGGCCACCACAGCAGUUAUGGAUCCCCAUUCACCCAUACAGAAGGCCAGGUGUUGAAGAAUCAACCGUUUUCUGCUAAACUAGACGUUUGUGAUGGUCAGGAUCUCAAGCAGCAGAUUCUAGCUCUUCAGGAGCAGUUCUCUAGUCGGGAGUCCCACUGGUCCCAGGCUCAUCAUCUGCUGCAGAACCAGGUGGAAGCCCUGACCAGAGAGAAUGUGGAGCUGCGUGACAAGCUCAGUCCUCCUGAACACAGCCACCUAGUGGCAGGGAGUAGUUCUGACACAGCCACUGCAUCUCACAUAGGGGCAGAGAGCGCUGUGUCUGAGGAUAUUCAUAGAGCUACUAGUCAGAGGAUAAGGGAGAGGAGAUCUUCAAGUUGUUCCAGUCACAGUGGAAACCCAGCCAGAAGGUCAACAGUUGGCAGUUUUCCAGCUGCAAAGUCCAAGGUGCAGAUUCCUGAUCAAAGAAAAUUGUCACAUAUGGUUUCUGAACCAGCUCCUUCAGUCGUCCACAGCAGAAGUGCAACUCCUGCAUUCAACAAACCACCUGUCCAGAAGAGUGCAGCUUACAGUAAAAUGGACACACCUUAUCACAACUAUCCUGCCAAUGCUCAAAGCACAAGGGAUUGGGGACCUGCCUCCUUAAGCCUUUCAUCAAAUUCAGUCAGUUUUGAGGACACCCAUCACACAAAUGACUGUCUCUUAAAGCAGCGUGAGAGCAACAGAGAUCAGGGUUUGGGUCGGUCAGUGGAAAAGGAGACGGAGGCGAAAGGUCGACAGAGCAGGAGCGCCACACCAUCGGUCAGCAAAUACUCCAGCUCAGAGUCAGAACACAGGGAACCACGUUUGAAUCCAGGAGCGAUGAGUGGUAACUCCACCCACACAACACACAAGGGCAUAAAUAAUGACGUGUGUGAAGAAAUACACUAUCCAGAUGGUAAGAUAGAACAACUUCUCACCAAUGGCUGGCGUGUAUUUACAUUCCGCAAUGGAACUAGAAAAGAGAUCACUGCUGACCAGAAGUCCGUAACUGUCACAUUCUUCAACGGAGAUGUCAAACACAUACUGGCAGAUGGGAAAGUGGUGUACUACUAUGCUGAUGCACAGACAACUCACACCACAUACCCAACUGGUUUGGUGGUCCUGCAGUUUCCAAACAAGCAGAUGGAGAAACACCACCCUGAUGGAAGGAGGGAGAUCGUUUUCCCAGAUCAGACGAUAAAGUACCUCUAUCCUGACGGCAGAGAGGAGAGCAUCUUCCCAGAUGGAACAGUGGUCAAGCUCUCAGAAAGUGGGGAGAAAACAGUGGAGUUCAACAAUGGCCAAAGAGAGAUCCAUACGUCCCAGUACAAGCGGAGGGAAUACCCUGAUGGAACAUUGAAGACGGUGUAUUCUAAUGGAAGGCAAGAGACCAAGUUCCCCUCGGGCAGAGUACGCAUUAAAGACAAGGAUGGCAUUAUCAUAAUAGACAAGAAAUGAAGAACAUAUGUUUUAUGUUUUUCAAGCCUUCAUACCAAAUUAGCAAAGCUCCAUUGUGUUUGACUGUAGCUAUUUUCCUGUGGCAUAUUUGAUCAUUUUCUAAGUGCUUGAGUGUAAACAGACAUUUUUAAAUUGUGUAUGUUUAUUAUUCAUAAAUCAUUGUACACUAAAUAAGUAAUACUAAUCAAUACAAUUAGUGUUGAAACUAUUUUGUAGAGAUGUUUGAAUGUCUAUACUGCUCUCUUGAAGGAAUAUAUUUCUUAUUUUUGCAUGGCAAUGUCAUAACCUUCUUGACCUCUUCAUUUGUGUCAGCAGGAUUCUUAUGUUGCACAGAAUUACAGAUUAUUCAUGAUGUCCCCACAUAUCCCUUGCCUCUCAAACAACAAGACUGACAUGUAGGGUAGGGCAUGUAACUGACAUGUAACUUUACUGACCUGGGCCCGGUUUCCUGCUGAGGAGUAUUUCUGUCUGUAAUAAAGCCCGUUUGUGGGGAAAAACUCAUUCGGAUUGGCGACUGGCUCUUCAGUGGGUGGAACCCCUGCCCAGGCAUGUGAAAUCCAUAGAUUAGGGCCUAAUGAAUUUAUUUAAACUGACUGAUUUCCUUAUAUGUAUGUAACUCAGUAAAAUCUUUGAAAUUGUU